UAUUAUCCCCCAAAAUUUUGCGAAAGCAGAGGAGACAAGAUUUGAAAUGCUUUCUGUCGCGAUUUCCAUACACGUAUGCUCCAUUACACCUUCACCAUUGCCACACAACCGUGCCGGAAUCGCCGUGCUUGGUAAGAAAUCCGCGAAACUUCGGACCCACUUCAUCGUAUUGGCGAUCUCCGCUACUUCUUCGUCAAAAGAUGCCUGGAGGAGGACGGCUGAGCCGCCGCCGCCGCCGUCGUCGUCACCAAGAACCACACCGUACCGCCGGAAACAGCUGCCGGCGUUCUUGGACAGCAGCGUCGACAUGGAGGAGCUGCUACUGUCAAUAAGCAAGACAAGCAACGAGCAUGAGCUUUUCGCUUUGAUGUCGCCGUACAAAGGUCGAACACUUUCGAUGAAGUUCAUGGUCACCCUCCUCUCGCGCGAAGCCGACUGGCAACGCUCGCUUGCGCUGCUCGAUUGGAUCAAUGAAGAGGCUCUGUACACUCCCUCCGUGUUUGCGUACAACGUCGUGCUGCGUAACGUGCUCCGGGCGAAGCAAUGGCAGCUCGCCUAUGGGCUGUUCGACGAAAUGCGCCAACGGGGGCUGUCACCCGAUAAGUACACUUACUCCACUCUGAUCACCCAGUUUGGGAAAGAGGGCCUGUUUGACGAUGCUCUAUCUUGGCUUCAGAAGAUGGAGCAGGACCAUGUGUCAGGUGAUAUCGUUUUGUAUAGUAAUCUGAUCGAGCUGUCACGUAAAUUAUGCGAUUAUUCCAAGGCAAUUUCUAUAUUUUCUAGGCUGAAAAGUUCAGGGAUUGUUCCUGAUCUUGUAGCUUACAAUACAAUGAUCAAUGUGUUUGGGAAAGCUAAGCUUUUUCGCGAAGCACGGUUACUGCUAAAAGAGAUGAAAUCAGCUGGGGUUAGGCCAGAUACUGUUAGCUACUCAACACUUUUGAAUAUGUACGUAGAGAAUCAGAAGAUUUUGGAAGCUCUAUCUGUGUUUUCUGAGAUGAAGGAAGCGAAUUGCCGUCUUGAUUUGACAACAUGCAAUAUAAUGAUUGAUGUAUACGGGCAGCUUGGAAUGGCGAAGGAAGCAGACACGCUCUUUUGGAGCAUGAGGAAGAUGGGAAUUGAACCGAGCGUGAUUAGUUACAACACGCUUUUGAGGGUUUAUGGUGAUGCCGAGCUGUUUGGGGAAGCCAUACAUUUGUUUAGGUUGAUGCAGAGGAAGAGUAUCGAACAAAACGUUGUGACAUAUAACACGAUGAUUAAGAUCUAUGGGAAGACGCUUGAGCAUGAGAAAGCGAAUAACCUUGUUAAGGAAAUGCAGAGUAGAGGGAUUGAGCCCGACACCAUUACUUACUCGACAAUGAUCUCUAUAUGGAGCAAAGCAGGGAAGUUGGAUAGAGCAGCGACGCUGUUCCAGAAGCUAAGGAGUUCCGGGGUUGAAAUUGAUCAGGUUUUAUACCAAACAAUAAUUGUGGCAUACGAGAGGGCUGGCUUGGUUGCUCAUGCUAAGCGGCUGCUGCAAGAGCUGAAACGCCCUGAUAAUAUCCCUCGGGGAACUGCUAUAACCAUUCUAGCUGGAGCUGGGCGAGUAGAAGAGGCCACCUGGGUAUUUCGACAGGCUGUGGAUGCUGGGGAGGUGAAGAACAUAGAAGUUUUCGAGUGCAUGAUUGAUCUUUACUCUAGACUCGGAAAGCACAGAAAUGUAAUUGAGGCGUUCGAGAAAAUGAGAGAGGCAGGCUAUUUCCCUGAUUCUAACACAAUCGCUCUAGUCCUUAACGCUUAUGGGAACCUGCGGGAGGUUGGGAAGGCAGACGGUCUGUACAGGGAGAUGCACGAGGAGGGCUGCGUGUUCUCAGAUGAAGUCCAUUUUCAGAUGCUGAGUCUCUAUGGUGACAGAAGGGAUUUCGAGACUGUUGAAACAUUGUUCGAGAAACUUAACUCUGAUCCCCACAUCAACAAGAAAGACUUGCAUAUAGUGGUGGCUGGUAUAUAUGAAAGAGCGAAUAGAUUAAACGAUGCAUCUCGAAUUGUCAACAGAAUGAGUGACAUGAGAAUGCUGGUAUGAGGUAUCAUGACUCUCUUUCAGUAGUAACUGUAUAUUCUCUCCAAGAUGAAAAAAAUUGUAAAAUCCUUGUUUUUGUCUGUGUAUAUGUAAGCCAUUUUUCCAGACCAA